AUGUUAACAAGAUUGAUGCUUUUAUCAAUAGAAAUAAAUUAGUGUUUAAGUCAAAACAUUAAAGGCGAAUUCUCUGAAAAUGUAUUUCUAUCUAAUAAAAUCAUAAAUGAAUAAGAACCUUAUAAUGUGAAUUAUUAGGAAGAUUAAAACAAUGAAAAAUAUGUGCUGUUUUACUUUCAUCAAUAUGCUAACUUUAUAGCAUGGGGUAUUUUAGUAGAUUUAGGUAUAAUUGUCAAUAGGUAUGGAAUAUUAUUAAGAAAUAAAAUUGACAUUCAUGCAAUCAUAAUGGGUAUUGUUGUUUUACCAUCAAUAAUAGCUGAAUUAUUUAUAAUUUUUUCUGGAAAUACUCCUAAUAUUUAGGGUAAUAAAAAUUUAUAGGGAGUUCAUUCUAUAAUUGGAUACAUAUUUUUGGGACUUAUACUUUUAUAAACAAUAAGUGGAAUCACAAUUAAAUUUGGUAUUCAAUCUGUAAGCACAUAAACUCAUCUAAAAAUAAAAUCUGUUUUUCAUAUAUUUUUGGGAUACAUUAUAUAUCUUACUGGGAAAAUUUAAUUAGGUUUUGGUUAUUAUAUGACAUAUUAAAAUUAAAGAGACAAUGGAAAAGGUGAUAUCAUAUCUUUUUGGUGUGUAUAUGGAUUUAUUUUUUUAUGGAGAAUAAUUUUUGAAAUAUUAUAUUAAAAUGGAUUAAUAUACUAAAUAUUGAUCAAAAAAGAUGAAAAGUAGAGAGAACAUUCAGGAAUACUUGAAGAUUCAUUGUUGGUUUAAUAUAUUGAGUAAAAUGGUAUAUUAUAUUUUUGAUUAUUUAGAGUAAUCUUAAUUUUACAAUGAAUUUUAGAAUAAGCUUUGGUUAAUUUUCAAUAAUGAAAUAAUUGAUUUAACAGGUUUUUAACAUCCAGGAGGAUAAUAUAUUUGGGAAAGAGUAAAAGGUCGAGAAGUAUCUAGAUUUGUAUAUGGAGGUUGUGGUUUAGAAGAUGGAACAGCCUAAUAAUACUCUCAUUCAAAACAUGCUAUUAUAUUAUUGAAAAAUCAUAUUAUUGGAUCAUUAAAUAAUAUUUCAUUUACUAUUCCAAUCGAUGAAAAUAAUAUAAACAGUACUUAAUGGACAUUAAAUACAAUAAUUAAAAUAAAUGAUAAAACUAGUUAUUUUGGAUUUAGUAAUGUUCAAUUCAAAAUAUUAUCACAAUUUACUACUAUUCAUUCUUUUGGUAAAUAUUUUUAGUUAUAAUCUCUUAAAUCCAUAAAAACUCCAAUCAGAUAAUACACAUGUAUAUCUUCAAUGGCUCCUGAAAAUGUUAUUUAUAGAAAAGAACUUGUAUAAUAUAUAGACUAUAUUGUAACAACAAAAUAGUUAGCUAAAAUUCCAUAAUAACCAAAAUAUUUGAAAGAAUUACCUUUUAUAAUUAAGUGUUAUGAAACUAAAAAUGGUUUUUCAUAAUAUAUUCACAAUCAUAAGGAUGAAAUUUAUCAUAUAAAAGGACCAUAUGGACCUCCACAUGGAAUACCUAAUAGAGGAAAAAUUGUUAUUAUUUGUGGUGGAACUGGAAUAUUUCCAUUUUUAGAUUUAUUUGAUUUCACUCUUAAAACUAUUAUUUAUUAAAUUGCAUUAAAUAAGUUUGGCAAGUAAACAGCUGAUAGUUUAAAUCCAUUUGAUUGCUAAUACAAUACUCAUAUUCAUAUUACUUUAUUUUUGGCAGCAGCUAAUAAAUCAGAUUUAAUAGGUUCAGACAUUCUAUUUCCUAUUAUAUAAUUAUAAAAAUACUUAGGGAAAGAAUUCUUGAAAUUAAUUAUUAAGAUUAAAGAUAAAAUAGAAGGAAUUGAAACUAUUAAUGAAAGAUUUAGUAAAACAACAUUCUAUAAAUUUUUGGGCAAAAUCUUGGAUUAUUAGAGAUUCAUGAUUUGUGGACCUCCUCAAAUGUAAGAAUCAGUCCCAAUUAUACUUAAAGAAAUGGGAGUUUAAAACCAACAUAUCCAUUUCAUUUGA